UCUCACUCAUUGUUCAAUCCACAACAUAUAGCUUCAGAAAGAAAAAAGAGUAGUACUAAAAAAUGGCCUUCCAUUUGACUUUAGAGUUCGUUUUUGGUGUUUUAGCUAACAUCAUUUCUUCCAUGGUCUGCCUUGCUCCUCUGCCAACUUUUUACCAAAUUUGCAAGAAGAAAACAAGUGAAGGGUUUCAGUCGAUUCCUUAUGUGAUUGCACUAUUCAGUGCUAUGCUGUGGUUGUUCUAUGCACUUUUUGAUGACAAUGCCACUCUUUUAAUCACCAUCAACUCUUUCACUUUGUUCAUGCAAGUUGGCUAUCUUUCUGUUUACCUUUUCUACGCCGAUCGCAAAGAUAGAAUGUUCACUGCCAAACUGAUACUCUUCUUCAACGUUUUUGGGUUCGGAAUGAUUGCGAUAUUUACUCUUUUUUUAACAAAUGGAAGAAAACGAGUUGAUGUUCUUGGAUGGAUUUGUAUGAUAUUUGCACUGUGUGUAUUUGUUGCACCUCUUGGAAUCAUGAGAAAAGUGAUCAAGACUAAGAGUGUUGAGUUCAUGCCAAUCUCAUUAUCGUUUUUCCUCACCUUAAGUGCAGUCAUGUGGUUCUUCUUUGGCUAUCUUAAAAAAGACAUUUAUGUUUAUAUUCCAAAUAUUCUUGGAUUUUUCUUUGGAAUCCUACAAAUGAUUCUUUAUGUGAUCUACAAAAAAUCAUUGAAAACUCCGGUUCGCGACCCGAAACUUCAAGAAUUAUCCGAGCACAUAGUCGAUGUUGCAAAGCUGAGUGCAACAAUCUGCUCGGAGCUAAACACCGCAGUGGUGGCCUCAAAGCUGAAUGUAAGCAACGGACAUGAAGUUUAUGAAAUCCAACAAGUCAUUACUAAGGAAGAAACAAAGAACCCUAAGCAAGAAAUGGAAGCUUAACAGUUAAUUUAAUGAAAGUUUUAAUUUAAUGGAAGUUUUAAUUUAUUUUUAGAUUAAUUUGCUUAUCAUUGUAUAAGUUGGUCGUGUCAUGUACGUACUAUGCUGUAAGGCUAAAUAUGUCAUGUCAAAUUAAUAUCUUCUGAUUAGCGUUAAUGUUCAUUUUAAUAUUAUAAGCUAAAUUCUAGUUUUAUGUAACAUAUGUUUGUUCAAGAAAUUAAAAUAAAUGUUAUAAGUCAA